GCGACUUUCUGGCCAAGGGCUACGUCGAGCAGCUGGACUUGCUGGACGAGUUGCUUCAACAGCAGUUCGAGGUCACAGCAAGCGCCAGACUGGGUCCUGGAAGACCUGGGCAGACGAACUACCUCAAGAGGAUCAUCGGGUACACUGGUCAACUGCCAGGUUCAGAGGAUCCAGGUUUCUUCUGUGCAGCGGAUCCCAAGCACGUGGAUUUCAUGAUUCAGUGGGCGCAGCAGCGAGGCCGACGAGACAGCUUAGACCUUCUGUCCAAGGAGCGAGCUCGAGAAGUCGCAGGUGCAGCAGGCACGGCGCUCCACCUCUCUUCGGACAGGCCCGGCACUGCGUGCGCCAGCAAGUUCGCGAUGCAGCGCGCUUCAAACCUUAAUGUUCUGAUGCGUGCGCGAGUUCUGCGGCUUGGGCGGUACUGCGAAGGACAGCCUGUGUUGGUAUGGUGCUACCCUUUGCAGGGUACUCCUGAGGGCGUUCGUGUGGGUGGAGAUGCAGACUGGGCCCCUACGAGCGAAUCGCAGCGGCGAUCCACGAGCGGAGGAGCAGUGCGGUAUGGUGACCGCACAUGGGACUGCUACUCAGUGACGCAGAGCACCGCAGCCCUGAGCUCAGGGGAAUCCGAGAUGUACGCUACAGGCAGUGCGACUGCCAGAGGACUCCAGUGCAAGAUUUACCCGAUCGAGACCCAGAGGCCAUGCAACUUGAAGAUCUACGGCGACAGCACCGCGGGACGGGGCAUGCGCAGCAGAGUGGGCGUGGGCAAGGUCAGGCACUUGGAACUGAGGUACUUGUGGAUUCAAGAGCGGCUGCGACCCAAGGCGUUUGAGCUCCUGAAGGAGGACGCCAACGAGACGGCAGCCGACAUGCUCACCGAGUACAGCGAGUGGUCGACGAUAGAGAAGGAUUGCACCACUCUGAACCUCAUGCUCAGGAAACAGUUCAAGGGCUUGAGCGCGAUGACAGUUUUCACGGGAGUCGCGACUUCUGCGUCAGGCGAGAAGGUGGCGGUGUGCGAGGGGCCAGGCCAGGCAGCGGUUUGCCCCGCACCUGUGCCCCACUACGUGGACAGCGAAGAGUUCUUGUUCAUCCUGAAGACGGUCGUCUUCGCAGUGAUCGCUGCGGCGUUCUUCUUGGGUUGCGUGUGCGGUUGCCGCUCGAAGAGCUACGUCGAGAAGGACCUCGUCCAGGAGGCGGUUGGCCCCGCACCUGGAGACGCCGACGUCCACCUGGCCACGCGGACUGACACGGAGGUCAAGACCAGAAGUCUACAGGGACUCGGCACAGAGCCUCGCCCAGCACGGUGCGACGGAGGAGGGAGGCACAAGCUUAUCAACUCGUUUCUCGUAGUCGACUUGAAGCAGAUCUUGAGAGCCAAGGGCCUGCGCGUGAGUGGUCUCAAGGGCGACCUGGUCGUGGGGCUGAUUAAGAAGGGCGGCGUCCUGUCGGAUCGCCGGGCCGGGGAGGUCGGGUUGCUGCGAGUGACGGCUACGACGCGCGGACCCGUGAUCACGAUCAACCUUCAGGACGUGGGUGGCCGUGAGGUCGCGCAGCAGUGGAUCGAGACGCUCAAGAGCGAGGGCCGAGAUCGCCCCGGUGGCUUUCAGGUCAACUCGGACGAGGGGGCCUUGAAGCUGCUCGAGAGGCAGCUGGACCGCUGCGGCCCAGAGCACCUGUGCCCGAAGUGCCCGAGCUGCCCAUCGUGGCCAGCGCCGACUCCUUGCCCGCCGCACUGGCCGACAGGGCUGGGCGGCUUCGUCGCGGGGGUGGCCUCGACCGUGGUGUUCGGUCUCUGCGUCAGGCGCUGCGGUUUCACGGCGGGCGCGGCGACCCGGGCGGCGCGGGCCCCCUCGCAAGGCUCGGCGCUCGAGCUUGGGGACGCGCCCCACGCCCUGCCAGCCGCAGGCGCGGCCCCGCAGGCCCCGGCCCCGCCGUCGCCCGGAGCCGCCCUCGCGCCGGGCGGGCUCCGCGGCGCCACUGCGACGCUCCCGCCUGGCGCGUUCGCCUUCGUGCAGUAUGACGAUCCAGCCGACAAUGGACUCUGGCACGAACGCUUGAUCAUGGGCUGGAUCGCCGGGGCAGGGUACGUUGUGAUGACGCCGGACGGGGGCGUCAUAGAGCAGUUCGACUCCGCCAACCGCGACCUCUCGGGAGUGCGGUUCUCGCCAGCGACAGGAGGCCUCCCUGCCGGGCUUGCAGGCGCGAGGCUCUACAGGUUCGCGGCCCAGCCCGUCGGCGCCGACCUGGCAGCCCUGCUUGCCGAGGGAGCCUCUCGCGCUCGCGUGGGGCUGGCGCCAGCGGGCGGGUGCUGGGUCUUUGAUGUACCUGGGGCCAUGCACGCAGUCGGGCAGGAGUUCAUGUAUCCCGCUGGGGCGCUGGACUUUGGGGGCCGGGUUUUCGUGACCGUCGGGAGUGACAUCACAACUGGCUCCUUCGUCGCCGCCGACACGGACUUGGACGUGUGGGCUGCGGAGCGCCAGCUCUUCCUGAUGGGGGGGGAGCCCCGCCUCCUGCCGCGCCGCCAGCCUGCUGAGCCUGUCCCCUUCACCGCGGACGCCCUGCUGCUGCGCAAGGAUGCUCGCACCGAGAUCCGCCUGAUGGGGCCGCCCAGCAUGGGCGACGCGGUGUCGGCGCUGCAGGCGCGGAGCCCUGGCGGCUUCAUGGCCUCGCACGAGCGCUGGCUGGUGGAGGGCCGCGUGCCUGCGUCCAGUCGUUCGGCUCACGAGCGCAGAGUGGUCUCGAAGGCGCUGGAGCUGGCGCACGCUGUGGACGGGGUCAAUUUGGCGAAUCUGACCAGUAUGGAGUACCUCAACCGGCGGCGCCAGCUCUUUGAGGAGGCGCACAAGUCCGAUCCAGAUAAGCCGAACUUCAAGGGGGCCCACUACUUCCUGGGAGAG